AUGAAAAACGAUAACGGAGAUACGGGGAAAACGCCCACGGUCAAAGAGAAAACCGAUGAGUGCCCGUCAUCCCCCAGUAUGUGCGUCAGGAUUUUGUCUCCCAAGAGGCAAUCCCUUCCCAAGAUAUCCAUGGAUAAGGAGAAACCUGCUAAUGACAAUUGGAGUUGGAGGGACAUGUCGGUAUAUCACGUGGGCUGGUUGGUGUUUCUUGGGUUAGUUUGGAUAUACAUUUUUCUGUCAAAGGCACACGGGUGGAAGUGGCCAGGGGAGGGGCAGCUGUCGCUUCUCUCUCUCCCCGUGCAGACAGACUGGCGGCUGUUAAUUACUCCCAAAGUCAGCUGCGCUGACGACCCUCCCUUUGCAGCGCUGGUGACGAUGACAGGGGCAGCAGAUGCUGAGGCGCGGGCUGUGGUGCGGAGCACUUGGGGGGGUGUAAGCCGUGUAGGGAAGAGGCGGUUGCGGGUAUUCUUUCUGUUGGGGACCCAGGCUUCAGAGGAAGUGCAGGAGACUGUAGUAAAAGAGGCAGCAAUGUACGGAGACAUCCUGCAGCAUUCAGCUCCCGACAAAUACCGGAAUUUGACGUACAAGACAAUAACUGCUUUCCGCUGGAUCGCAAACGCCUGCCCGGAGGCAAAGUUUCUCAUCAAGGCGGACGCAGAUGUGUUUCUAGACGUGAAUAAGCUGGUGGACUACUUGAAUGCCCACCAAGAUGAGCCAGAUGUAGCUGCGGGGGUGCUCCGCACAAAUGUUGCAGUCGUACGCGAGCGGACGCACCGAAACUAUGAAGACCCGGCUGUGUACAGUCAACCAAAGUAUCCGCCUUAUCUCUCGGGCCCUCUGUACAUCAUUUCUGGCGAUUUAGUGGCAAAAAUCGCAGCAGUAGCGAAAUGGUUGCCGGUUUUGAGCAACGAGGAUUGCUUCGUGGGCACCUGUUUGCAAGCUUUAGGCGUGCAGCCACAGUCCUCCGCUCCAGGUGCUAUUAUUGAUGUAUUUUUCAGGAACUUCAGCGACAUUUCCGACCUUAGAAAGUGGAUGGCCAUUCAUCCCAUUGCCAAAGAAAGGCUCCUUGCUCUGUGGCAAGAGCUACACUGA